CCUGAUCCACCUGAGUUUUUUUGUGUUUUGAGUUUUUGUUUUUCUUAAGAUUCAAAUUAUCAUGGUUGUUGGUUGUAAAAUUCUCGGACCAAAUCCAUGAGGCGUCACACUAAAGUCCCAGGGCUGCUAUGAGACCUUCAAAUCUGGUCCUCUCUGACAUUUAAAAAUAAGAUAAAUGUGAUGCAUUUAAUCACAUUUUACCACCAGUUCAACUUUUUGUUAUUGUUUGUUAUACUUUGCUUUAGGAUUUUCUCAAUAUCGUCAUCAUUCUCAACCAGCUGGAACGGUUUCAGCAUAUGUUACAACUGCGAUGAUAGAAUACACUUGAGUAAAUUUUAGAUACUUAUCAGUAAGAGUACUAUAGUGAAAGAAGCGAUGCGUCUACGGGAAAAUGGGAUGGAGAAGUUCUGUCAAACGUGGGAGAUCAUGCUACCCCUGGAGAACGAGGGGGACGAGGACAGGUUCCUGAGUGAGUGGAAGGUGAACUACUUCUUCCAGCCCCUCAUCAAACGAGCCAAGGUCAUCAUGAGGAUCAAAGAGUCACGACACGAGGCCGAAUCCUAUUACGUCAUAGUGCGAAGUGCUCGUUCUGGCCUCAGUCUGUUACGAUACGUGUGGGGUCCCUUCAAAAUCGACGAAAUCUCUUCUGAACUUUUGGUUCGACCUGACGGUAAAAGGUUCGUGUCUACAUUUGAACUGUUGGAAGGGGGCAAUAUUCUGAAGCAGACUCUUAAUCACGAACAUGGAGAGGUGCCAUCUGCUCGAUUGUAUCGGGAGGUAGACUCAAUAGGCCACAUGGUACUAACAGAGGAGUGCAAUGGAUACAAGACCAGACGCAUCUUCGAAAGAGUGCCUCAUGUUCAGUCCAGUGAAGACGAACUCCUCUAAAAAUUCAUUCGAAAGUCGCUUGAUGAAAUACACUCGUACUCAAAACAUUCUCUUUGUAAAAU